AUGGACGAGGCUGAACCAGGUCCCGAUUCUGAGUCGAGUGGCGGAGGCCCUUGGCAACUAGUUUCAUCUAAAAAGGAAAAACGCAAGGCGCGUAGAGAUGAGUCACUGGCGCAACCAAUGGCGGCUGCUCGAGGUGCCCGACCCCAGGCCCGUGAUGAGGCGAGUGGAGGUGACGAGUACCGUGACCUUCAAGUGCCGAAACCCAGCCUCAGCAUAUCCAAUACCCAUUCGUUUCGAAAUCAUUCAGUGAUUGGACACUACUCCCAGGUUCGUAAUGGUGAUGUGUUCAUGGAUAAGCGCGAAGCUUGUCACUGCAAGACGGUUCCCGACGACGGCUCAACAUCGCUAGAAUGGGAUUUGAACAGAGGUUUUGAAGAGUUCGAAUGGAGAGACAGACUCAACACGAAAGCUGAUGGCCUCAAGCCUGUUCUGAAAUGGAUCUUGCACAAGCUGGAUAACCCUGGUGAAGACGCACUGAAACAGUACCCGAGGCCGAAUGCAGAGGCAGUCACCUUCGUCGUCCAACGAGCUGUGAUGACUAGAAUCCUAACUGCACCCUACCCAACACGGGAGUCGACCGGUGGGUGGCGUCUUAGAGUGUGUCGCUUCCAGAAUACCAUCUAUCUGUGCAAUGAUAAAACAUUUGGUCCCUGGAGAAAUUUGACACCAGCACAAAAGGCCAAGACCUACAGGCGCUAUGGCUUUGAAAGGUACUUGACAUCUCACAUUCAGCCAGUGGAUUCCAGCAGCUACAAGUACAGUGAAGCUGCAGGAUAUGUAACUGUCGUGUUAACACAGCUAGUACCAGAGCAAUCAGAGGAGAGCAAGCGGACAGAGCCGAGUGCUUCCAAGGCUCGCUUGUUCGUACUGGCUGCAGGAGUGGAUGGUGAAUUGGAUGGACUCGAAUCACCACCUAGAAACUAUGUGGAGUUGAAAACUAUUACUUGCUACGACAAGCAUCAGCCAGAACCGAAGGAAUACUCGCAGUGGUUUCUUGCCAACAAACUGCUGAGAGCAUGGGCGCAGUGCUAUCCUGUCGGUAUUCCUAGAAUCGUGUUUGGAUUUCACGGUGACCAAGGUAUCUUGACAAGUAUCAGCACUUUCAAGACGCACGAACUGCCUGGCAUGUGCGGAGACGUUUGGUUUGAAGCGACGUCCCUGAACUUCGCAGACGACUUCACCAAGUGGCUUGAGAAAUGGAUCAAGGAGACAGAUCCUAUGCGAGAGAUGUACGAAGUUACAUUCGAGCCAAACUUCUCUAGCAUGCGGCGGAGCCGGAUGCGGCUUUGCAGAGUUGAGAUAAACGACGAUCACCCGUCGAUUCUCACUCAAGAUUUCGUGGCUAGGAUGAUGAAGCAGUAG